AUGCACGCCGCCAUGGUUCUGGCAAAGAAGUUGCCACCUUCGCAUCGCGUGAUUCUGGUCGAACGCAACACGCAUUUUAACCAUCUCUACGUCUUCCCGCGCUUUACGGUGUACCCCGGUCAUGAGCACAAGGCGUUUGUUCCAUACUCGUCCAUUUUUUCCGAGUCGCCCGCGCGCAAAGCGCCCAAGGCCGGUGGGCUCUCGGAGCGCUUGCACGCUGCAAGGCACGAGGCUGCUUCCAGCGAGGCGCCGAUGGACGCAACAGGGAUUGAGGAAGCGAUUCUCGGUGAGCGCAAGGAGAUGCGCGAUUCGCACGUCGAAAGCCACGAUCGCGAAGCUAGCAAAGUCACGCAAGUUAGUGACAUGAUCAACGAAAGGUUGCACCUCGACGACGCACAGGGCCACAGUGAGCCGCUUCCCGAAGCGAACGGCGAGGCGAACGGCGAGGCAAAUGGCAAGGCAAAUGGCGAGGCAAAUGGCAAGGUAAACGGCGAGGUAAACGGAGAGGCAAGCGACACAGACGACCGCUUUGCCAAUGCCGAGCCCCAUCUGAUUGUCUGUGGCCAGGUGCUGAGCAUGACCGACUCGCAUGUGACGGUGCGCCAGCACAGCGUGAAGGAGGGCGAGGUGAAGAAGGCAAAGCUGUGGUCGAUUGACACUGUCGAUAUCCCCUAUUCCCAUCUGAUCUACGCACUGGGUUCGCACAUGCCGGAUCCGCUACGCCACGAGUCUUACUCGAAAGAGAAGGGUAUAGAGUGGAUGCAAACGGCACACAAGCGCAUCGAAGACAGCAACGAGAUCAUCCUGGUGGGUGGCGGCGCUCUUGGCGUGGAGCUUGCUACAGAUAUCAAGACUUUGUACAAAGAAAAGAAGGUCACGCUGAUCCAUUCGCGCAAGCAGCUGCUCCCCAACUUUGAUAUGCGCAUCCACGAAGUCGCCUACGCCAUGCUCCAAAAGCUGGGUGUGGAUGUUGUUUUGGGCCACCGCCUGGCGCUCGCAGAGGGCUGCCCCAUGGGCAGCAACGUGAAGCACUUUGACCAAAAGAAGGCGCAGCCCGACCCUGCGCCCGCGAACGGCAAGCCGCAGCCGACCAUCAUCGAGCCCGAGGUGCCUGAUGGUGAAGAUGCACCGGAAAUGCGCCACCGCAUCCGCACGACGCUGGGCUUGGAGCUCGAGUGCGAUUUGCUUCUGCUGUGUACCGGGCAGCAGCCCAACUCGUCCAUCAUGGCGCAAUUUUCCCCGCCGAGUGUGAACCCCCAGUCGCGCUUGGUGAGUGUGCUGCGUACGUUGCAGGUAAUGAUUCCCCACGACUCGGACGCGGUCCAGCAGCCGUUCGAAGUCGUGCCCCCCUGCAAGGACUGCGACUGUUUCCUGGACCACAAGGCGGCCGGAGCCGAGCACAAUCACGAGCACGACGAGCCCCAGGUGAAGCCGGGCUGCUACCCCCAUAUCUAUGCGAUCGGCGACGUGGCCGACGCCUAUGGCGCCCUGAAUGCCGGCUACCAGGCGUGGUUCAUGGGCGAGACUGCCGCCGAAAACAUUCUGCGCGACAUUACCCGGCGUGCCGACUCGGCGGACCCUGCGACGGAGGUGCCCGAAGGCGAGUCGGUGCCCAUGCAAGAGUUCCAGCCUGGCCCCGACAUGAUUAAGCUGACGAUCGGCGGAGGCAAGGUGGUGACGCAAGGCGCGCCUGAGCCUGACGCGUCGCUGCCCGGCAAGCCGAAGCGCCCGACGAUUACCGAGUCGGACGACAUGGAAGACAUGUUUAUUGAAGGCGUUUGGAAGAGUAUGGCGCUUGCCGACCCGUCGGACAUGUACCUGUAG